UAUAUAGAAUCAAGUGAACCAACUUUAUUAAUAACUCACUACAUUUUGUCAUCCAAAAACAUGUUUCCUCAUUAAUUCCUCCAUUAAUCAUAGGGAUCAACAGAUUCAAUUCAACUCUACUGAGAAAUGAAAGUCAUUCAUUCUCAACUUGAGUGAGUGAGUGAAUGCUAAAUAUAGCUAUGUUACCCUCACCACUUGAUUUUUCAACUUCAUAUCUAAGCACAAGCACAAUUGUUGCACUUUGUGUAUUCUUCGGACUCCUCUGCUCUUGCAUCAUCGUUGGCCACCUUCUCGAAGAGAAUCGAUGGGCCAAUGAAUCCAUCACUGCCCUCCUUCUUGGUUUGUGUUCUGGAGUGGUGGUGUUACUAGUGACCAAGUUCCGAAGUACCAAGAUUCUAAUAUUCAGUGAAGACUUGUUCUUUCUGUACUUGCUUCCACCAAUCAUUUUCAAUGCAGGUUUCCAAGACAAGAAGAAGCAGUUCUUCAGGAAUUUCAUUACUAUACUUCUGUUUGGAGUCCUUGGGACAGUUAUUUCUUUCUGUCUCAUAUCUCUUGGUGCUUUUCUGCUAUUUACAAGAAUUGGCAUAACCAACCUGGGCAUAAAAGAUCACCUAGCCAUUGGUGCCAUAUUGUCAGCAACUGACUCAGUUUGUACAUUACAAGUUCUGAGUCAAGAUGAAACACCUUUGCUUUACAGCAUUGUAUUUGGAGAAGGAGUAGUGAAUGACGCCACAUCUAUUGUUCUUUUCAAUUCAGUCCAAACACUUAACUUCAGCACCAUGAAUGCUAUUACAGCCUUGAAAUUGUUGGGGACCUUCUUUUACCUCUUUUGCACUAGUACUGCCCUUGGUAUAAUAGUUGGCCUUUUAAGUGCUUACAUUAUUAAAACUCUUUACUUUGGAAGGCCAAUUAACAAGAAAGAUGUGAAAAGCGCAAAGAGUAUAAUAGUGUCACCCGUUGCACUCUCUCUGUUACAAUUGUUUAUUGCGGAAAAAAACCUGCACUCUACAGAUCGCGAAGUUGCACUUAUGAUGUUAAUGGCAUAUUUGUCAUAUAUGAUCGCUGAGUAUCUUUUGCAGCUUUUGAAUCUCAGUGGGAUUUUGACUAUUUUCUUCUGUGGCAUUGUUAUGUCACACUAUACAUGGCACAACGUUACAGGAAGCUCGAGGACAACAACCAAGCACGCCUUUGCAACUAUCUCAUUCAUAGCUGAAACCUUUAUAUUUCUAUAUGUUGGCAUGGAUGCUUUCGACGUUGACAAAUGGAAAACAAGCAAAGCCAGCAUAGGAACUUCAGUCGCUGUCAGCUCAACUUUGAUUGCAUUAGUUUUGAUUGGAAGAGCAGCUUUUGUUUUCUCUAUUGCAAACAUUACAAAUUGCACCAAAACAAGAGAGAGCGCCAAAAUCGAGUUUCGAUCGCAGUUUAUAAUAUGGUGGGCAGGCCUAAUGAGAGGUGCAGUGACCAUUGCCUUAUCUUAUAACCAGUUUUCAAAAUCUGAGAUAGCAUCAACUGAAGACUCUGCAUUAAUGAUCACAUCAACUAUAAUCCUUGUCUUAUUCAGUACUGUGGUAUUUGGUUCCAUAACGAAGCCUUUGAUUGAGGCUGUGAAGUUAAGGCAAUCAAAACCAGCUAUUUCUGAUUCCACUGAUAAUCAAGAGGAUCUGAGAUUACUAUUCCUUGAAAGCAAUUGUUCCAUCAACCAAACAAAUCAUCACGAAUCUCAAUCUCGCAGACGAAGUAGCCUUAGUUUGAUGAUACGUCAUCCUACUACUACGGUUCACUACUUUUGGAGGAAAUUCGAUGAUAAGUUUAUGAGACCCGUAUUUGGUGGCAGAGGUUUUAUUCCGGCUGUUCCUGGUUCACCACCUGCUGAAGAGGAGAUUUCUUGAAACACAAGCAAUUAGUACAUGUUUUGAUUUUGGUUUUGGUUUUAAUUAUAAAAAAUAUUUUUUACGAGGAACAUUGAAAACCCGGUGGUAUUUUUUGUUUAAAACUCAACAGAAAAUGAAAUAGUACUUGUCUGUUUUCAUGGUCAUAUAAUAUUUUAAUUCUUGUUUCAGCAAAAAUA